CCGCCGUCACCGCGGAGCCGCCGCCGCCUCCCCGGCCCGGGCCUCAGCCCAGCCGGCUCGGCCAUGGCAGCCGCCGCCGCCACCGCCGCGGCGAAUCUCGCCCCUGCGCUCCCCGCCCGUCGCUGAGCAGCCGUUAACCAGCCCGCCCGCCCUCCCGCCGGGGCCGCCGCGGCCCAGGCGCCGCACAAGUUUCCGCCCCGGAGAAGCGGGAGGCGAAGGCGGGGCGGACGGACGUGGGGUGUCGGGCGCCCCGGCCCACCGGGCCCUCCUGCCCGCGAUGUGGGGGCGCUUCCUGGCCCCGGAGGCCGGCGGCCGGGACAGCCCCGGCGGAGCCCGAAGCUUCCCGGCGGGCCCAGAUUAUUCUUCAUCAGCAUGGUCACCUGGUAAUGAAUCAUUGUGGCAGACCACAGCUGUUCCACCUAACCAUCGAAAUAACCAUAUCAGGAGACAUAGUAUAGCUUCUGACAGUGGUGACACCGGCAUUGGAACUUCCUGUUCUGACAGUGUGGAAGAUCAUUCAACUUCAAGUGGCACGUUAUCUUUUAAGCCUAGUCGAUCAUUGGUUACUCUUCCUACUGCCCAUGUCAUGCCGUCCAACUCCAGUGCUUCAGUUUCCAAACACAGGGAACCGUUGACAUCAGAUGGCUCAAAAUGGAGCACAAGCCUCAUGCAAACGUUGGGAAACCACCAUAGAGGAGAGCAGGACUCUUCACUAGACAUGAAAGACUUCCAGCCCCUCCGGAAAUGGUCAUCUUUAUCCAAACUCCCUGCCCCAGAUGGCUGCAGCCAGAGUGGCGUUGUCAACACUGGAGAGUCAAGGAGUGGUUUGGAAAAGGCAGGGAGAGGCAAGGCUUUAGCAUCACAACUAAGGACAGUUGGGCCCAGCUGUUUACAUGAUAGUAUGGAGAUGCUUAAGCUAGAGGACAAGGAAAUAAAUAAAAAACGAUCAUCAACUCUGGACUGCAAAUAUAAAUUUGAGAGCUGUAGCAAAGAAGACUUUAGAGCUUCUUCCUCCACUCUUCGGAGACAGACCUUAGACAUGACAUAUAGUGCCUUACCUGAGAGCAAACCUAUUAUGACGAGCUCAGAGACUUUUGAACCUCCGAAAUACUUAAUGCUUGCUCAGCAGGCAGUAGGUGGAGUUCCCAUUCAGCCUUCUGUGAGGACACAGAUGUGGCUUACAGAGCAGUUGAAGACAAAUCCUUUGGAAGGUAGAACUACAGAGGACGCUUACAGUUUAGCUCCUUGGCAACAGCACCAAAUUGAAGAGUUUCGACAAGAAAGUAUAUCACCAAUGCAGGUUUCAACUGGAUCAUCUCGUCAAAGUUACUCACCUUCUAGCUAUCAGGAUUUCAGUAAAUGGGAAUCAGUGCUGAAAAUAAAAGAAGGACUACUGAGGCAGAAAGAAAUUGUAAUUGAUCGGCAGAAACAACAAAUUACCCACCUACAUGAGAGGAUAAGGGAUAAUGAAUUACGGGCACAACAUGCCAUGUUAGGACAUUAUGUGAAUUGUGAGGAUUCCUAUGUGGCUAGUUUGCAGCCACAAUAUGAGAACACUUCACUACAGACUUCAUUUUCAGAUCAGUCAGUGUCCCCUUCCCAGCAAGAAGAACUUGAGCAAAAGCUUGCAUCUACUGAGAAAGAGGUUUUACAGCUCAACCAGUUUCUCAAACAAAGAAUAAGCCAAUUUAAUGAAGAGAAGAAGAAACUGGAGGAAAAGCUUAAAACCAGAGAUAGAUACAUCAGUAGCCUGAAAAAAAGAUGCCAGAAGGAAUCCGAACAAAACAAAGAAAAGCAGAGAAGAAUUGAGACCUUGGAAAAGUAUCUGGCUGAUCUUCCAACUCUAGAUGAUGUACAGAGUCAGAGUCUACAGCUGCAGGUUCUUGAAGAAAAAAAUAAGAAUUUGCAAGAGACUUUGAUAGAUGUGGAAAAAAAGCUUGAAGAGAUGAAAAAACAAUGCCAAGAGAAAGAUGCACAGUUAAUAUGCCAGAAAAAGAAAGAGAAGGAGUUGGUAACUACAGUUCAGAGUUUGCAGCAAAAAGUGGAAAGAUGCCUUGAAGAUGGAAUCCGCCUUCCCAUGUUAGAUGCAAAACAGCUUCAGAAUGAAAAUGAUCACCUGAGAGAACAAAAUGAGAAUGCUAGUAAGAUAAUAGACAGCCAACAAGAUGAGAUUGACAGAAUGAUUUUAGAAAUUCAGUCUAUGCAAGGGAAACUUUCUAAAGAAAAAUUGACCUCUCAAAAGAUGAUGGAAGAACUGGAAAAGAAAGAAAGAAACCUACAGAGAUUAACAAAAACAUUGCUUGAAAACCAAAGACAAGCAGAAGAGACAUGCUCUUUAUUGGAUCAGGGCCAGGAAGCCGACCAAUCCAGGCAACAGACAGUUCUUUCCAAACGGCCACUGUUUGAUUUGAGUGUGAUUGAUAAGCUGUUCAAGGAGAUGUCCUAUUGUUUGUUUGACUUGAAGGCGUUGUGCAGUAUUCUUAAUCAGCGUGCUCAGGGCAAGGAGCCUAAUCUGUCAUUAUUACUGGGAAUCAGAUCAAUGAACUGUUCAGCUGAAGAGACUGAGAAUGACCACAGCCCAGAAACACUCACUAAAAAACUAUCGGAUGUAUGCCAGUUACGGAGGGACAUUGAUGAAUUAAGGACUACCAUAUCCGACCGCUAUGCUCAGGACAUGGGAGACAGCUGCGUUACCCAAUGAUCGAGUGUUGAUCCCACAGCAAUAAUGACCCCUUGCUAAUGCUGCUGUGUAACGGUUCUUCAUAUUUCUUUUUAGGAGCCAUAAUGUCGAGUUGUCAGUGGCAUAUGACUUGCACAUAGGAUUUUUUUUCCUGUGGGUUUGUUUUGUUAGGGGGGAAAAGGAAUAUGAGGAGAUUUCAAAGGGGCUUGUCUAAUUAGGCCAGAAAAUUGAAUUACCAUUUGAAAAAUGUGGUAGAGUGUAUAAGAAAAAAAAAUCUGUAUUCUCAAACUACUGAUUGUAGGACCAAGCUGUGAAGAAUGCCUUUCAGAUAAAGGGAUAGGAUUUCUUUUUAUCCUGUAGUUUUGUGUGUGUGUGUGUGUGUGUGUGUGCAUGUGUGUUUAUUCACAAAAUUAUAAGGAUUUCUGGAGUCAAAGCACAGCUUCUGAGAAAGGCACACACUGUUUAUUUUUGUAUUUCUUUUCUUUCGUGUAGAAGCUUGUGUUGUACUUGGGGUUUUCAAGUGCUGGCUGAAGAAGAGUUCCAACAGCAGGCAAGUGUUGUAAUAAAAAUGCAGCAGGCAAAACCAUUUGUGUUUUGAACAGCCACUGUGCUGAGAUGGUGAGGUUGUGGGGUUGGGUUGAUUUUAGUACUGUCGAUAGGUCAGCUGUUUUUCCAGAGUGAUUGUGGAUUACUUUAGAGGUGUGAAAUUCUGAUGUAAUGAUCUCUUUCAUUAGCAUUGUAAUUUAUAUACCAUAAGGCUGGUUAACGUAAUUUGAACUAAUUUUAACAUGUCUCUUACUAUUUACAACUUUUUACUUAUGUUAUAUAUAUCAAUGUAAACAAAGCCAUAUGUAAUUAAUGCAAACCUGCUAAGGCCUCCAAUCAUUAUUGUAAAAGAAAGAUUAACAAAGUGACUCUGGAACAAUAGUUUAUCCAGAUCUCAAAUAUUUACAUUCUACCAGUUUUGUGUCUGUUUUAAAGUUGAAACUACUUUAAGAAAAAGCCAGCCUGUUUUCUUUAUAUCUAAAUUAUCACUAGCAUAAAACAAAGUCUAGGCCAAGUGAUAUUUCAAUUCCUUUUAUUAGGUAAAAUACACUAAAAACAGGGUUUUUCAUAGAAUAUAAACUUGGCCAGGAUAGUUCUCCUGGAGUACAGGAUAUCACUGUGAAAUACAGCUGAUUUUUAAGUAGAUAUGCAGUCAUUUAAACUUCCAAAUGAGUAUUUCCUUGUUUCAGUUGGUAUUUUGGAGGACUUUAUAUUAUAUUGCCUUAGGAGCAAUUAUUACAUUCUUUUGAAUAUACUUAGUUUUGGCAAUCAUUGUCCUUUACAGAUUGGUUUGUUUUCUUGAUGCAACCAAGUCUCAUUUUCAUUUAGGUCAAGACGAAAUAAGAGGCAGAAGGAAUAAGGGGUGUGAAUCAAGCAGGAUAAUAUUGUUUUCUGCAAGAGAAGAUCCCAUGUCUGUUUUCUUGCUAGGCUUAUAUACUGGUGCAAAGGCUGCUCUUAGAAAAGAUUUUUCUUAAAUAUUUUCAGCAGUGAAAACAUUUGGGAAAAGCCUUCAAGGAAACUACCCAGGAAGACAUUCAGUUCAGAAUUUGGCUUAUAGACAGCACUCAAUAAGUUAUUUUAUAGAUAUAUGUCAGCAGUCAGUUAUAAUGCAUUGUAAGGAUAUCAGACUUUCCUUCUGCUCGGUACCUGCGUCCUCCCUACUCUUCUUACUGCUGAGGAUCUGGGCACUAAGAAAUCAGGACAUUUUAGUGAUUCUGUAGCCCAAGGCCCCACAUAAGGAGGGACUUAGUCACUGGUAAGAAUUUGGCUUUCUGUUAUGUUCAUUUGUUUUUUAGUUAGUGGUUUGAAGACAGGGAGCAGUAAAUUUGUACCAAAAAUCUGACGCAAAGAAUUCUGCCUUGUAAAAAUUAAUAUCUGUAAAAACGACCCUUUCCAGUAAAGUGAUAAUAGCAUCUAAAUGAGAUAAGCCACGAGGGCAGCGCACAUUGUUAACAUUCUCUUUGAAUAGAAUCCCCUCCCCCAAGGCCAACCUCCGCAAUUUUUGAAGUAAAGGGACCCCAAAGUGAUAGUACUAAUGGGUAAAUAAUCACUGAUUUGGAUCAGUAGUUUCUUACUUAAAUGACUCCUAGGUUUUUAGUAUAUGUUUUGGGGUUUUAUGGCUAUUGUUGUUGUUUUAAACAAACUUUUGGUCAUUUGUUUUAAUCUACUGUAGAUACAAUUUUGUUUUCUGGCUUAGUUGGGAUAAAAUAAUAUUUGGUUUUUUUAAAUAAGUUAGUUUUCUAAAACUUACAGAUUUUGACUUAAUUCACAUAUUUUGAGGUAAAAAUUUUUAAACUUAGGAGGAAAUUAACAAACUACUGCUGACGUAUUUCAUUUUCCAAAAUGUAUACUCCUCAUAAAAGAGAGAAUUAAGAUGUGAUAGUGUAAGUAUAACCUGGAAUUACAAAAUGUAAUCUCUUAAAGUCUGGAGUUGGUAAAAGGACUUAGAUAAUAAGUAGACAGCCUUGGAGGGAUUUCUGGGGGAAAAGAAACUAUUAGUAUUCUAAUUCAUCAAUAUUGAAUUUUUAUUUUAUUUUCUAUUUGAAAAUUUCUUUAGAGAUGAAAACUCUAAUUAUGCUUUGGUGAAUUAAAUGCUUGUCUUCUAUGGAAAUGUCUCAUGCAGCAUUAACGUUGAUCAUUUGUCUUCUGGGUUUUGAAGUUAUUUGGCCUCAGUCACAUUCAUGCAGGGAUAAAGUGACAGUUAUCUCAAUGAAAGACCCAAAUGACCUGUGCAGAAAAAAUAACUGCAUCAAAGGCACAGUAGUGGUCUUUUCAUGUGAUGUCAGAAGAAAAGGAUGACUUUUGUUAAGCUCUUAGUAAAUUUUCAGUGGCCUCUACUUUUAAAAGCUUAAGUAUUGAUAGGUAAGUCAUGCCUGAAUUUUUAAAAAAUAAGUGUGGCCCCUUUUCAUAUUUGAAAUACGAUUCAGUAUUUAAUGUUAACUCUGAUACAUUUGAGUGAAAUUUAUUUUGGUCAUGACAGUUGAUUAAACUGAAUUAGACUUCUUUCAGUAGCUUGUUAGAGACAAUCUCAAGGGCUGGAAAAUGUUGCUAAAAUGGAUAUUGUACAUUUCUGACUUACUAAUGAGCUUAUAAAUUUUGUCAUAGUUUAAGACUUAUUAUUAGGAAUCUCUUAGAGGAUAUUUUUAAAGGAACUACUUUAUUGGGAAAAUGUUCUUUCAAUGUCAGUAAUAGUUCAUUGAAUAACAUAGCAGCUGAGAACUUGGACUGUGUUUUUAUAUAGCAUAGUUCAGCUCAGGCACAUCUUUAGUUUGGAUUAUUGGCAUUCUCUUAUGUAGAUUUUUAUUAUUGUAGAUAUGUAAUUAUGGUAAUAAGCAAUUCUCAUAACCAUGCUCACCCAGACUAUAUCAUUUGAAACUGCCAGUAGCUAUAGCCUUUAGAGCCAAAGUUAAUUCAUUUUGUUUUCAUUUUUGACAAUUCUUUUCACUAUUCACAAAGCAAGAAAAACUAUUUCCUAUUUGGUAUAAAGAGUAUAAUUUCCAACUUCACCCCAAAAUGCCAUGGUGGUAUAUUGCUGUAUGAUAAUAUUAUACGUUUAAUCAUGAAGGGGGAAAGAUUUUGGAUUUUUGGAUUUUUUCUUAUUUAAAAGAAGUAUUGAGUAUAUUAAGAAUGUAAUUUCAAAUCAAUAAGUCAUUAACAACACCAUUGCAGCUGCACACAGAGAACCUUUUGUGCCUUUUUGCCUGCAGUAAGCAUUCAUUUCUAUUUUACCUGAGCUAUAAGAUUGUCGAUGAUUAUUGCACCUUGUUCUUCUGUAUAUAGACCUGAUGAAGAAUUUUUUUUUUUUAAGCAAGGAGCAGUUAUUCAUUACUAGGUAGAUAGAUACCCUAGUAAACAUGAGAGGAGGUAUCAUAUGUCUUUGGAGCCCAGCCUCUUCCCCGUAUGUAGAGUGAGCAGGAAACUCCUUUGGAAUGUCGUCAUUUUUGUGUAUACGUGUGUACAUAUAUGUAUAAACAGUUAUUUAAAUACAUAAAUAUAAAAUUCAGCAUCACAUUGGUGUGAUGACAAGAAGUAGUAAGGUGCUAGGUGGUUACAUUAAAAGCACAGCAGUGUGUAUAAUCAGUCUCCAUGACUGGUGAAUUUUGUAAACUAGGUUCAGUUUUUGAACCACCCAGAAUACCUCAUGUGUAAAUACAACGGUCAUGACUUAAUUGAAAUACAGUUAUUGUAAAAAGAAUGUGAAGCCACUGGUUGGCUUAUGCCUUCUAAUCUAUCUAUCAUUCUUACCUCUUUUUUUGUAAAGGGGUUGGUUUUUUGUUUUUGUUUUUUAAUAGGGUUUACAGCUAGAAUUUUGAAUGCCAAAGUUCUAUUUAUUAAAUAAAAAAAGAGUUUUCAAUGUUAAUGGCUAAGUAUUUUUCCACUGGACUAUUGUUUGUUGAUGUUGGAAUUUGUAUUUACAGAGAAAUAAAUUUUUUAUAAAAAGA